AUGAUUGGAAUAUGGGGUGUUGGGGGUGGUGGUAAGACUACUCUUGCAUCCUCUGUUUAUGAUAUAAUCUCUAGCAAGUUUGAUGAUUUCUGCUUUGUAGAAAAUUUGCGGAAGGAAUCAAGUAAGUAUUGUUUGGUUAAUUUGCAAGAAAAAGUUCUUUCUAGUGUUUUGAAAGAAAAGCAAGUGUGUGUGAUACUGGGUAGGUCAUGCUACAGAUACAGAACCGUCUUAAUUGUUCUUGAUGAUGCCAAUCAUCUUGACCAACUAAAUGUGUUCGCUGGAUCACAAGAUUGGUUUGGUGAAGGAAGCCGAAUAAUCACAUCUAGAGAUGAACAUUCUUUUAUUGAACACAGAGUAGAUGUGAUACAUAAAAUUGUUUUAAUAGACAAUGAUGAGGUUAUUCAGCUUUUUCGCAUGCAUGGACUUAAGCCCAUUGAGAAAAGGUUGCUCGUUAGAGAUGAAAGGGCAAUGGUGUUGGUUGCAGUUUGGAUUUUUCACCGUGUUAGAAGCAUAAAUAUGUGGACACAAAAGGCUCUCAUAAUUAUUUGGGAUGGAAAGUUUGAUAUGCAUGAUUUGACAAAUUUCAUGGGACGCUAUACUGAUAGAGGGAUGUUGGUUCAAGAAAAAUGA